AUGAGCUUCGGUUUCGGAGUAGGCGACUUUAUCGCUGUGCUGGAUAAGGCGAAGCUCUAUCGCGAGCGCUUCGCCGAUGCUCCGGAUCACUUCGACUCUCUUAGUCGCGAGAUUGCAUCCCUUACGUCGAUACUAGAAUACAUUGGCCAUGUCGAAGACCAGCUCACUGAGGACGAAAAAGAGGCCUUAGCCCCUUCCAUCAAGGAAUCCACAAAGCUUCUGGGCGAGCUCGAGAAGAUUUUCAAUGAGAACACGAGCUUGGAGAAGCAUGAGGGCACGAGCAAGCUGACCAGCCUGAAGCCUCGGGCCGUCUGGAGACGCCUAAGGAUAAAGCCCGAAGACAUUCAGAAACUGCGACAACGGAUUACCUUGAAUGUCCAUUUCCUCACCGCGAUCAAGGGGUUUAGGGACAGCGAGGCCAUACAUGCCACGAAACAAGUCGUGACUUUGAUGCAUGAUGAACAGACAAGUCGCCAAGAAAGAGAGAUCCUGGAUUGGUUGACAACCACCGACUACGCGCCGCAGCAGCGGGACCAUCUUUCCCGCAGAUAUACCGGCACCAAUCAAUGGCUUCUGGAUUGCGACAAGUACAAGUCGUGGAUAUCAGGCAAGAGUCAGACCCUCCUUUGUCCCGGGAUGCCAGGUGCGGGAAAAACCAUCAUGGUUUCCGUCGUGGUAGAUGACCUAUUUCAUCGGUACCAGAACGACGCCAGCGUCGGCAUAGCCUACGUCUACUGCAAUCUCGAAGGUCAGGAGAGACAGACCUACUACGACAUGCUUUCGAGCAUCACCAAACAACUUGCCCAAUAUCGCUCUCCAAUUCCAGACAGCCUCAAAGCACUCUACGACACCCAUCACAGAAAGAAGACCUCCAGGACUCUGGAAGAUACUAUAAAUGUGCUUCAGGCCGUCGCUUUCUCCCAUGAUAGAGUCUUCAUAGUCAUUGACGCUUUGGAUGAGUGCGAAUCCAAGAGUCGACAUGCGUUGCUGUCGGAAGUCUUUCGGCUGCAAAAGCGACACCCAACGAAUGUAUUGGCAACCACCAGAGAGAUCCCUGAGAUCAUUGAAUGUUCCAACUUCAAGAACGCAAAUACCUUGAAAAUUCAAGCCAGCGACGUUGAUGUGUCGCGGUACAUAUCGAGUCGCACACCAGACAUGCAAAGUUUUGUGCAAAGGCGUCCCGAGAUUCAAGAAGAAAUACAGAAAGGUAUUUUAUGCAGAAUUAACGGAAUGUUUCUUCUCGCCAAGUUGCUCAUUGACUCGUUGUCCUAUAAGACAACCCCCAAAGCCGUUCGAAAAGCCCUGGUUGCUGCUUCUGCCGAGGACAAUACAUACGCGUAUUUCUACGAUGAGGCUCUGGAAAGAAUACGUGUGCAACCACCUGCGCGUGUUCAGCUUGCAAACCAGGUCCUUUCUUGGAUCGUAUUCGCCAAGCGACCGUUGGAGAUGAAUGAGCUCCAGCAUGCCCUGGCUGUGGAGGAUGACGAACCAGAGAUUGAGGAAGACAACAUCCCCUCCUCCGAGAUUAUCAUUUCUUCAUGUGCGGGCUUAGUGACUCUUGACGAGCAAGGCGGGAUUGUUCGAUUGGUCCAUCAAACAACACAGGAAUUCUUCAACAAAAGAAAAUCAUACCUGUUUCCGGAAGCUGAUGCCGAAAUCACGAACACAUGCGUUCGUUAUCUUGGCCUUGAACAGGUUCAGCGACUAAUUAGAAACCAUACCCGGUGUAUUCCAUCUUGGCGAAAACCGUAUCACUUCGAGUCUUUCGCCUUCAAAGACCUCCGGAAGUCGAGAUUCCCUUUCUGUGAAUACGCUGUCCUAUACUGGGGACAUCACGCAGAAAAUUGCGACACACUCCAAGAAAAUGCCGUCCAUUUACUCAAAAAUCGGGAAAUGCUCCAGAGUCUAGCUAUCAUUUCACGGGAUCUCAUGGGAGAGGACGUACCAUCUGUAGGAGCACACUUAGCAGCAUCGUUCGGUUUGCUGCAGGUGUUCAAAGAUCGAUUAUUGCCUACAGACGAGAUAAGUUUCGUCGACCGCGAGGAACAAUCGAUUUUAUCAUGGGCAGCUCACCGGGGUCACGCCAAAUUGAUCGCGCACAUCCUAGAAGAGGACACGCUACAACUAAAAAGGCGCCACGACCGAGGACGCAUCGAACCUUUCCACAUGGCACUCUUUAAGGCCGUAGAGCUUAGCCAUUUAGAUGCGGUUGGCAGACUCCUCCAUUUUGCCUCGGUUGAAGAUAUCGACUUUGAGAGCGCGAACGGCCCUUCACUUCUGUAUCUGUGCAUCGGACAGAGAGAUGUGACAAUGAUCCGCCUGCUCCUUGAGCGGUCACGACAUCUACUGUCGGGUAUCCAGAAGCAAACGUCCGCCAAAGGCGUGAAACUUGAAAACAUGGACAGGUAUCACGGUACUCCCUUGGCGUUCGCGGCCUGCAAAGGCCUCGAUGAGACAGUUCAACUUCUCUUAGACUACGGAGCAAAUAUCGAAGCACUUGACAGUACUGGAAGAAAUGCCCUGUCACGAGCUGUUCAAUCAGGCCACGUAUCUACCGUAAAGACUUGA